GCGAGCAUCAGUAGGUUCAAGUAUUGCAUCGCGAAAUAUACGCGCGAGUGACAAGUGCGACGGAAGUCAAAUGCAGCAGACCCUAGGGGUGCGUGACGUGGGGAUGGAGCCGGACGAGCAGCAUUUAGCUGAGGAAUACGUGCAGGAAUUUGUACUUGAUCAUUUAGGUGAUGUUUCCGUCAAAAGGGAAGACAAACGUCUCCAAAUGGAAACGGAGUGGGUUUCCGCUCCCGAUGAGGACACCGAGAAAGUAUGUAGAAAUUGGAACGAAGAUCGGCGCCUACCACCGAUUUCUCCACCAAAUUCCGGCAUAUACGGCGCCCCAACGCAAAUGUUUUUAAAUAUGGCUCUAGACCCAGGUACUCCACCAGAUACGCCACCGAGUCAUUCACCAGCUCCGUGUCGUCCAUCGGGAUUCGUCGAUGACAUAAUGUAUUAUUACCCAAAUCCUAGACCAGAGCCUCAACCCUUGGAUUUGCGACCAACCCAUUCGACGUUAAACGAAGGUGGAGAAUGGGAACGCCGAGAAUACAUUCCUGCUGGAAUGCUCAUCGACCCAACUCAUCAUCACCAUCACCACCAUUUGCUACAUAAUCAAAGGCCGCAGUCCUGCAGCAGUGGCGGUAGUGCGUUAUCACCCCGCAUGAGCAGUAACAAUAAUAAUAACAGUGGCUAUUCUACAUGUAGUGAAGAUGUUUAUCUCAGUGACCACAUGCUGAUAUCCUUAUCUGUGCGAGAACUUAAUAAAAAAUUACACGGCUGUCCGCGCGAGGAGGUUGUGCGCCUUAAGCAGAAGCGAAGAACACUCAAAAACCGAGGAUACGCGCAAAAUUGUAGGUCGAAACGUCUUCAGCAACGCCAAGAUCUCGAGGUAGCUAACCAACAUUUACAGGUCGAGUUAAAUCGAACCAAAGUAGAACUGGCGAGGGUAAUUCAGGAACGGGAUAUACUGAAGCAACGGAUUCAGCUGCACAGUCGCCUACCGGGAGGGCAACAUAAUCAAAAUUCCGAAGAACAAAAUCCCACCGAAUUUUACCUGUGACAUUACUUCCCGGGCAGGAGGACGUAGUAUUCUGCCCGACGCUGCUACCAUCAUUCAGCCCCCCCGAAAGUAAAACCGAAAUGUAGUGAGAAUGUGUGAAAAGUGAGUGGAUUUUGAAUGCGGUAAAUCGUUGCUUCCUUUGUUGUUUUUUAGCUUUUAAAGAAAUGACGUUUAUUUGUUAUUGUUAGAAUUUUUUCAAUUACAUGUUAGUUGUAGUAUUAAAUACCCCCGGGGCUAAAUGCAUAUCUUUUUAUUAUGAGUAACUAGUGGUGUUUGGGCAAUCAUUUUUUCUUCUCUAUUUUUAUACGAUGGUGAUGCGAAUAGCAUCUUACAGAAAAAAUAAUGACCCUUAGUUAUAUUUUUCCUAUAACUAAAGUCAUAAUGGUUGUGUUUUAAAAUACAAUGUUAACACUAUUACUAUGUUAUUAAAUAUUGUAAAUAAAUUUAGUAUCAAUAAAUUAUGGUUUAGAGAGAA